UGUAUCUGUUUAUUAUUGUACCUAUGGUAACUUGAUAUAUCGUUUGUCAUUUGUUUUGUUUACAAAAAGUUAAGAAUCUUUUGAUGGACUUCGAGGAUCAACAACAUUAAAUCCAUGAUGGUUGUUAACGUAAAACACUUAUAUUUACUCAUCUAUAUACGCAAAAAUCUUAAGACCUUACGUGACAAUGGAUUAAAGUGUGUGUUUUAUACGUGUCACUUUACCUGACACAGAAACUUUCUAUAGAAAAUUUCCUUUUUAUCUACAUUAUCAUUUAGUUAGGUAUCUUUGUUUUCUACUGAUAAAAUUUCCAAUUGAUUGCAUUUUCUAAUCAGAUUUAUUUUUUAUUUUAUUUUUUCAAAUCCCUCACCAUUUAAGAAUUAAAAUUUUUAAAAUGAAGGCAAAAUCCCUUGAUAUUAACAAAUGUCUGGAUUACCUUGGAGACUUUGGACAUUAUCAGCUUUUUGUAUUUUCAUUAGUAUGCGUUGUCCAAACAUUAGUCGGUAUACAUAUGUUGGCUAAUGUUUUUUUAAUAGCAGUGCCGAAGCAUAGAUGUUACAUACCAAACUGUGAUAACAUUACUACACAAUUCAAUGAGAAUUUUGUUAAAUUUGCUAUUCCUAACGUAACGGAUGAAUUUGGUACAACACCAAAUCCAUGUGAGCGAUAUGAAAUAGUCCAAGGGCACAAUUAUUGUGGGCCUCAAGCAUUUAAUAGAAAGAAAACUAUAUUGUGUUCAAGGUUUGUGUGGGACCAUACUGAGUAUGAAAGCACCGCUGCGUCAGAAUUUGAUAUUGUGUGUAAAAAAAGCUGGAAUGGUGCUGCAUCCAGUUCUAUAUUUAUGGCUGGAGUUUUAUUUGGAUCAGCUGGGUUUGGUAUGAUAGCUGAUAAGUUUGGCAGGAAGAAUGUUAUGAUGGGUGCUGCUUUGAUAAUGUGUGUAUCAUCGAUUGGAACAGCUUUUGCUCCGAGCUUUGGUCUGUUUUCUUUUCUUCGAUUUAUAACAGCUGCUGCUGUUAGCGGGUUAUUCACAACUGGUUACAUUUUAGCUAUUGAGUUUAUUGGUACUUCAAAAAGAUUGUUGUGUGCUAACCUUUUGCAAAUAGUUUUUGCAUUUGGCGAACUAAUUCUAAGUUUUGUUGCUUACUUUGUUCGAAAAUGGAGAAUUCUUGAAUUAGUGAUAUCUGUGCCUGCUGCAAUAUUGCUUGUUUAUUAUUGGUUGCUACCAGAAUCAGUUCGUUGGCUGAUUUCAAAAGGUAAACAUGAUCAGGCUAGGAAAACCAUUAUGAAGGCAGCACGAUGGAACAACGUCACUAUACCAGAUCAUCUUCUAAGAGCAGCUGAUUAUGGCACUAAUAACAUUCAAACUGAAGAAGUACAACAAACUGCAGGUCCAAUGGAUCUUGUUAGAACACCAGUCAUUAGAAAAUGGAGUAUGAAUUUAUUUUUCAAUUGGAUUGUGAAUGCUAUGGUUUAUUAUGGGCUUUCAUUGAGUACUGGUAAUCUCAGCGGGAAUGCUUAUGCCAAUUUUGCCAUAUUAGCAGCAGUUGAAAUUCCUGCCGUUCUUUUAGCUACCUGGGCUUUGCAUUAUUGUGGAAGGAGGCCUGUAUUGUGUUCUGUUAUGGUUUUUGGAGGGAUUGCUUGUGGAUCAACAGUAUUUGUACCUCAAGCUCUUCCUUGGGUAACUACCUUACUAGCUGUAGUGGGCAAAAGUGCAAUUGCAGCAUCCUUUGCUAUCAUCUAUAUUUACUCCACUGAAAUUUAUCCCACUGUAUUGAGAAGUACUGGACUAGGUUUCAGUAGCAUGUUUGCCCGUUUGGGAGGAAUCAUUGCUCCUUUUAUCAAUGAAAUGCGAAAAAUUUAUCGACCCCUUCCAAUGAUAAUAUUUGCCCUUGCAUCUAUCAUAUCCGGUCUUCUCACAUUGGCCUUACCUGAAACUCAUAACAGACAACUUCCAGAAAGUAUUGAAGAAACUGAAAGCUUUGGAUCUGGAGGAGACAACUUAUGUAAAGUGACAUUCUUAAAAAUUCUUCAUUUAUAUCCUUUUAACAGAGUGGCAGACCAUGGGUUUGAAAGACUUAUCAACACACCUCGAAAUCUACGUGAUAUUGGUAGUACGUCACCCAGGGCUCUGAGGCGACACCUAGAUGAGGGGAGAAGACUAUUAGAUCCAGAAAAUUACUGAAUUUUUAUUACUAUAAGCAACUGUGAUCAGCAUUUAUCUAUGGAUGUUAAU